CAUCGGCAGUAUUUAAUCAGCUGACAUUUGUCCGAGUCUCAAUUUAAUCAGGAUACGAUAGACCUCACUGCUUCACGGGCGCAAAGAUUUCACGAUGAAGCAAAUUUUGCUUUUAGCUUCCUUGCUGUGUGGUGCAUGUGCUAUUAGCGUACAUGAGGCCACAAAGUUCCACAACACCGGAACUUAUGGCGGAACUGUAAGCUACACCGAUAAUGGUGACACCAUCACCUUGACGUCGAACGGUCUUCCCGACCAUCCUUUCGAAAGAGUGAAUCCAAACCACCCAGAGACCCGCAGUGACGUUUAUACCCUUCCAAAGAAACCAACAGUGGCUAAUAGUCCAGGAUGCCUCGCCAUGGGCCCAAUCGGGAUGACCGUUACAGGAUCCAUGAUCUACGACCCUCUGGACGCUGACGGAGAAAACGCUGUGGAGGGUUCGGGAAGAGAAAGGUUUGACCACUAUGGAGGCCACACCGACAACCACGGUAUCUAUCAUUACCACAAACUCCCGGGAAGCUGGCUUUACAAGGGCGAGCAAGACGAACUCCUUGGGGUCGCAUUUGACGGAUUCCCUAUCUACGGACCACUUGCGUCUGAUCUCGGACGUGACGUCACAAAUAAGGAUCUUGACGAAUGUCACGGCCGAAUGGUGCAUGGACACUACAGAUAUCAUGUGAAUACGGAGUUCCCGUACUACCUCGGCUGUUACAAGGGUAACCCAACACACGCCAACCACGUCCGAACACAGCACGGCAUUUGUACGAGCACUUCAUCUCUGCCAGAAUACGGAUACGUUUGCGCAUGCCCAAAAGGUGCGCACCCUCCACCAGGAGGAGUCGCUGGUAACCAUCAUCACCACGCUGGAGGACUUUUUGGUCGAUAGACUUGGAGAAUAUAUCCUCAGCAUCGACGAUUGCUCAAAACCCUGUUUGAGGUCCAUCAUACUUUUCCGUUCGCUUGGUAAUGCGCAUGUUUAUAAAAGGAAAACUUAGUGCUCGACUUCAAUUUCAAUAAAGAUCAGUGUACUUAUAUA